UCGUGGGCUGGAAUCCACACAGCACACAGCUGGAGCAGCUGUCAGCUCCUUGCUGCUCUUCCCAGCACUUGGCAGUCUGAGUUAAAUUCAGUAGGAAGGUAUAUAAUGCAAGUGAAUAUGGAAGGUAGGUGGCUUUGAUGCUUCCAAUGAGGUAAUCAGAUGAAAAGGAAGAUCCCAGGCUGUUUGCAGUGUGCUAAUGACUGACAGUUGGGCUUGCAGGGUUAUUAAGUCACAUGUCUUUUUGUGCAAAGGAUGUAUUGAAAGCAAGAAAUGCUUUUUGGUGGCUGAAGAACCAUUUUAAAUGAGGAUGGUUGUUUUUUUCCAAGUGUGUUAUCUGCAGUGGGAAGCCUACUGUACCUGGUAGUAAUUGCACAGCUUGCCAAGUGGCUUCCUUUGCACUCAUCCUUUAUGAAAUGUAAAAGGUAGUUGAAUUGGGAGAGACAUCAUGGCAGCCUAAGGCUGUUUAACUGUGCUUCAAAAAGCUGUAGCUUUCUGUUUUCUCUUGUAAUAAAGCUUAUUUCUGGCUGCUGGAGAUCCUGUCAAUGCUUAUUUAUCUUUACUGGGUGGAGGAAAGCCCUGACGUUUCAUCACCUUCUUAACAAAAGGUGUUUGUUGGGCCCAUGUCCUGUCAGCAGAGCUCCUUCUGAGUUCCUGCCUGCUGUUUGACUGUGACACCCAGUGACUAAGGGGAGAGGGGGCAAAUAAUCUUAAUGUGAAUUGGUGAGUGCUAAUACGAGGACUGGUCAUUGGAAAUAGGGUAGUUUUGACUUUGGGUCUUGAAAGCAGUGGUAGAAAGGCAUGCUGCCUUAGGAUGUGCAUCAUGUGUCCAAACAUGCAUUUGCUUCUUGCUGGCCAGUACCAUAGUGUAACUUUGUGUUUCUUUACACUGUAUUUUCUUCUGUCUUCUUCCCCAAAUGCUGAUUACUAAUGGAUACUUGUGUCAUUCAGUGUCAUUUUUUAUUCGAGAGCUACAGGUCCUGCUGGCCGGUGCUUCCAUAUUAUAAAUAAAGGGUUGUAGGUUCUUGAGAUGGCACUGAGAAUUGAUAUAAGCCGUGCAUCUCCAUAUCAAUUAUAGAAGAAAUGAAAGUUUAGAACGUGAUUUGCCGGAUAACAAAGAUGGGAGCAAAUAGCAGCAGCAUCAGUGAGCUUCCAGACAAUGAGUACUUGAAGAAGUUAUCAGGAGCAGAGCCCAUCUCUGAGAAUGACCCCUUCUGGAAUCAGCUGCUGUCCUUCAGCUUCACCGCUCCCACAAACAGUGCUGACUUAAAACUUCUGGAAGAAGCAACCAUCUCAGUCUGCAAAUCUUUAGUGGAGAAGAAUCCUCGAACAGGAAACCUUGGGUCGUUGAUUAAAGUCUUUCUUUCUAGAACCAAAGAAUUAAAAAUAUCAGCAGAAUGUCAAAAUCACCUCUUUAUUUGGCAGGCUCACAAUGCAUUAUUUAUUAUCUGCUGUUUGCUGAAAGUGUUCAUCAGUCGAAUGUCAGAAGAGGAACUGCAACUUCAUUUUACUUAUGAGGAUAAGACACCUGGCUCAUAUGGAACAGAAUGUGAAGACCUAAUAGAAGAGCUGCUGUGCUGCCUCAUCCAGCUCAUUGUUGAAAUUCCCCUCUUAGAUAUCACCUACAGCAUUUCCUUGGAGGCUGUGACAACGCUCAUUGUCUUCCUUUCCUACCAGCUCUUCCACAAGGAAAUUCUGCGGGAGAGCCUCAUUCACAAAUACCUGAUGCGUGGGCGUUGUCUCCCAUAUACCAGCAGACUUGUGAAAACUUUGCUGUACAACUUCAUUAGACAAGAAAGAAGCCCUCCUCCAGGGACACAUGUCUUUCAGCAACAAACGGAUGGGGGAGGACUGCUAUAUGGGAUUGCAUCUGGGGUGGCAACUGGCCUGUGGACAGUCUUCACCUUGGGCGGAGUGGGGAGUAAGGCAACAGCACAGCUGGAGCAGUGCUCCCCACUGGCUAACCAGAGCCUGCUGCUGCUGCUGGUCCUGGCCAACCUGACCGACGCUCCGGACACACCGAACCCGUACAGGCAGGCAAUCAUGUCAUUCAAGAACACACAAGACAGCAGCGCUUUCUCAUCAUCACAUCCCCACGUUUUCCAGAUUAAUUUUAACAGCUUGUACACGGCUUUGUGUGAGCAACAGAAGUCUGAUCAGGCAACCCUUCUGCUGUACAUGCUUCUGCACCAGAAUGGCAAUGUACGGACAUACGUGUUGGCACGGACAGACAUAGAGAACCUUGUUCUGCCAAUUCUCGAAAUUCUGUAUCACGUUGAAGAAAGGAAUUCACACCAUGUCUACAUGGCUCUCAUCAUUUUGUUGAUCCUCACAGAGGAUGAUGGCUUCAACCGAUCCAUUCAUGAAGUGAUAUUGAAAAAUAUCACUUGGUACGCCGAGCGUGUCUUAACAGAGAUCUCACUUGGGAGUCUCUUGAUACUCGUUGUGAUAAGAACCAUCCAGUACAACAUGACACGGACACGGGACAAAUACCUGCACACCAACUGCCUGGCAGCCCUAGCCAAUAUGUCAGCACAGUUCCGCUCACUGCAUCAGUAUGCUGCGCAGAGAAUCAUCAGCUUAUUUUCUCUACUGUCUAAAAAGCACAACAAAGUGCUGGAACAGGCCACGCAGUCCUUGAGAGGUUCCCUUGAUUCCAGUGAGUCUCCACUUCCUGACUAUGCACAAGACCUGAAUGUGAUUGAGGAGGUGAUCCGGAUGAUGCUGGAGAUCAUCAACUCCUGCCUGACCAACUCCCUCCACCACAACCCCAACCUGGUGUACGCGCUGCUCUACAAGCGCGAUCUGUUUGAGCAAUUCCGGACCCACCCCUCCUUCCAGGACAUCAUGCAGAACAUAGAUCUGGUGAUCAGUUUCUUCAGCUCCCGGUUGGAGCACGCCGGAGCUGACCUGUCGGUAGAGCGCGUUCUGGAGAUCAUCAAGCAGGGAGCUGUGGCUUUGCCCAAGGACAGGCUCAGGAAGUUCCCUGAGCUGAAGUUCAAGUACGUGGAGGAGGAGCAGCCCGAGGAGUUCUUCAUCCCCUACGUCUGGUCCCUGGUGUACAACGCGGCCGUGGCACUCUACUGGAACCCACGCGACAUCCAGCUCUUCACCAUGGACUCUGGCUGAAAGAAGUCAAACCAAAACUGAAAGCAAAACUGCACCACGUGAAUCCAUGACCCCUUCCAGUGCACACCCUCUGACCCACCCCUCGCUGCCCAUCUCCAGCCCAGCAGCUGUGUUUCUGACUGUCACACACCGACACCUGGGGCGGGGAACAUGUAUGCAGCCUUGUAUUUAUCGUCCUGUAACCAGAGCUUGUCUGAUGAACACGAGGCCUUACACAUGGGGUAUGAUGUUACUACCAACAACGCCGACUGCUUUUUUAAAUGAGGAAAGAGACUGAGAACUUGGAUUUGGGCAGCGUUUGGAUUUUUAUCUCUUUUGGUCCCUUGGGUUCUGCUGUGGGUCACUCGUUGCCCAACCCCACACUCUCACUCCCAGCCCUUUGUUUCAGUGGCACUGGCAUGGCUGCUGUCCUUCCUCUGGUGCCACCCAAGCAGCAUGUUAAUCCAGUUAGCUCCCAGGCAGACUCAAAGCACUUGAUUUAGAUGUCAAAAUGUUUGUGGGAGGGUUUUCUGGAGCGAGUCUUUGUGUUUGGCUGGCACACAGAGGGGCUAGGAACACCAGCUAGCAGAGCCAGUCCUUUGCAGGGCUGCUCUACCAUGCUUCUGUGCAAAGGUUGUUGCUGGAAACUGAAAGUGUGGGGAUAAAAAAAAUCUCCAAAGAAAAUAGUGGUAAGAUUGUAAAAUAGAGCGAUGUCCUGUAAAAAUGUGUGACGGUGUGGGGUGGGGAUCCCUGGCCAAGUUCUGUGUUGAAAUCCCCUGUUGGCUGUUAAAGGUUUAUGGCAGAAGUAUUAAUUGAUCUGAAUGUAGAAUGCUUCCUUCUGUUGUGUUCAAGUGCUCUUUCCCAAUGUCCCUGGCUCUGCAACUGGAUGAGAGACAUGGGUUGACCUGGUCUCCAGGGAACCUCCCAUUUCGCACAGUGGGGAUAUAUAAGGGAGGUCCCUGGCAGCUCCUGCUCCAGCAUGUUCUGCACGAGGGGAUGCAUUGACUUCUAGGCAGUCCUGAGUGGCUCUAAAUAAAAAAAAUUCCUUGCACCUUUUUUCAUUUUGUCAUUAUUU